CAAAACCCAUAUAUACAUCACCACCUCUACAAUCACCAUUCAAGCAUUCAUCACCAUAAACACAACACAACUUUCACCACCUUCAUCAACAAUGGCUAAAAACCAAAGCAUCCCUCCUUAUAUCUUCCCUCAGACACAAUCCACUGUCCUCCCUGACCCCUCCAACUUCUUCUCCCAAAACCUUCUCUCAAAUUCACUCCCCACAAACUCUUUCUUCCAAAACUUUGUCCUCAAAAAUGGUGACCAACCUGAAUACAUUCACCCUUACCUCAUCAAAUCCUCCAACUCCUCCCUCUCUCUCUCAUACCCUUCUCGCCAAGUCAGUUCUGCUGUCAUAUACCAAGUCUUCAACUCUGAUCUCACCAUCUCAUCCAAGCAAGGUUCCAAUGAGAAACAUGUUAUCUCCUCCUACAGUGAUCUCAGUGUCACCUUGGAUAUCCCUUCUAAAAAUCUUAGCUUCUUACUUGUUAGGGGAAGCCCCUAUUUGACUGUGUCUGUGACCCGACCAACCCCUCUUUCCAUCACCACAAUCCACGCUAUUCUCUCAUUCUCUUCAAAUAAGUCCAACACCAAGUUCACCUUUCAGUUCAACAAUGGCCAAACAUGGCUCCUUUAUGCUUCCUCCCCCAUCAAGUUGAGUCACACCCUUUCUGAGAUCACUUCCAAUGCAUUUUCUGGCAUAAUCCGGAUAGCUUUGUUGCCGGAUUCUGAUUCGAAACACGAGGGUGUUCUUGACAAGUUUAGUUCUUGCUACCCCGUGUCAGGUGAAGCUGUGUUCAGAGAACCUUUUGUUUUGGAAUACAAGUGGGAGAAGAAAGGAUCAGGGGAUUUGUUAUUAUUGGCUCACCCUCUCCAUGUUCAGCUUCUGUCUAAUACAGAUGAUGAUGUCACCGUUCUUGAUGACUUUAAGUAUAGAAGCAUUGACGGGGAUCUUGUUGGUGUUGUUGGGGAUUCAUGGGUUUUGGAAACAGAUCCGGUGUUUGUAUCAUGGCAUUCAACCAAUGGAGUCAAAGAAGAAUCUCGUGAUGAGAUUAUUUCAGCUCUUUCUAAAGAUGUUGAGGGCCUAAACUCAUCAUCAAUAAAAGAAACUUCGUCUUACUUUUAUGGCAAGUUGAUUGCAAGGGCUGCAAGGUUGGCAUUGAUUGCUGAGGAGUUGUCCCACCUUGAUGUGAUUCCAAAGGUAAGAAAGUUUUUGAAGGAAACCAUUGAGCCGUGGUUGGAGGGUACUUUUCAUGGGAAUGGAUUUCUACAUGAUAACAAAUGGGGUGGCAUUAUCACCCAACAAGGGUCCACUGAUUCAAGUGCUGAUUUUGGAUUUGGUAUCUACAAUGACCACCACUACCAUUUGGGGUACUUCCUCUAUGCAAUUGCAGUGCUUACUAAGCUUGAUCCAUCCUGGGGUAGGAAGUACAAGGCACAAGCCUAUUCCCUUGUGGAAGAUUUCAUGAACUUGGACUCAAGAUCAAACUACAACUACACACGUUUGAGGUGUUUUGACUUGUAUGUGUUGCACUCUUGGGCUGGAGGGUUAACCGAGUUCACAGAUGGAAGGAACCAAGAGAGCACAAGUGAGGCUGUGAGUGCAUACUAUUCUGCUGCUUUGAUUGGUCUUGCAUAUGGUGACCCUCGUCUUGUUGCACUUGGGUCAACGUUGACAUCAUUGGAGAUUCUUGGAACUAAAACAUUUUGGCAUGUGGAAGAGGGAGGAACAUUGUAUGAGGAAGAGUUUACAAAGGAGAAUAGGGUAAUGGGUGUUUUGUGGUCUAACAAGAGGGACACUGGCCUAUGGUUUGCUCCUGCUGAGAGGAGAGAGUGUAGGCUUGGGAUUCAGCUCUUGCCAUUGGUGCCUGUUUCUGAAGCUGUUUUCAGCAAUGUUGAGUAUGUGAAGGAUCUUGUGGAGUGGACUUUGCCUGCUUUGGAGAGGGAUGGUGUUGGUGAAGGGUGGAAGGGGUUUGUGUAUGCCCUACAAGGGGUUUAUGAUAAUGAAGGUGCAUUGAAGAAGAUAAGAAGCUUGAAGGGUUAUGAUGAUGGAAACUCUUUGAGUAAUCUCUUGUGGUGGAUUCAUAGUAGAGGUGACACAAAUGAUGAUGAAUAGUAAGGAUUUGGUCAUUGAACAUUAUAACAUUGCUAUGGUUUGUUUAUUGUCAUGUUACUAUUAUUAUUACUAUUACGUACUACGCCAAUAAAGUCAAUGAUUUCGAUAUGUAACAAAGAAGAAAAUUAUGAUGAAGUUCAUAUAUUAUAGGUAUAUGACGUGUGUUUCUUACAAUAUAUUCCUUAAUUAUAUGAAUAAUAUUUGUAGACGUUGCUUUCA